CCCUAUUUAAAGCCAAGUUCACAAUAACAUAUCAUACAUUUUGUAUCGAGAACGCUACAGUUGUUUAUGAUUUCUUGUAAAUGUUACGUGCUUUUUCAUUAUAUAAAAUGGAUAAUUAUUUUCUAAUUAUUGUUCAUAAGUGCAUUCGGACAUUAUUGCAGAAAUGACUUCUUAGCAAUCGUAAUGAUCGUCCUGUUGUUGAAAGAUAUCCUUACAACAAUAUUUUAUUUGUGAUAUAACAAAGUAGUUUAUCUUACUUUUUCCGAGUCUAUGGCAAUUUUUAAAGUAUAGUUGUAAACAAACAAGGACUACAUAAUGGAUAAAAAAUAAAAUCAAGCAUUAACAUUCAAUAAAUAUUUAUAUUUAUUUUUAUUUAAAAAGUGUGUUUGUUAAUGUUUCCUGCAUCUGUAGAAAUAAAAAUUUCAUGUUUCAACUGUAACCUACAAAUGUUAUUAAUGAAACGUUUUCUUGAACUAUGGGCAUAAUUGGAAUUACAAUAGUCUGUUACAAAGUUACAGUUUUUUAAAAGUUAUUUGUUUAACUGUAAACUAUUAAAACAUCAUUGCAGUUUAAUUUAUUUAUAUUGUAAAAAAAAAGAGACAAAAUGGAUCAGAUGUUACCAAGUCCCGGGUUUAGUAUACCCAGCAUAGGAACUCCUUUACAUCAACCAGAAGAGGAUCAACAAAUUUUACCUAAUGCGUUGCAACAGCAGCAGCAACAACAACAAUCACAGCAACAACAGCAACAACAACCACAACAACAGCAACAACAACAACAGUAUCAAUUGCAACAACUGCAUGCCAUGAGCCCAAAUAUGCUUAUGCUUGGAACGCCACAAAAGACUAUGCAUGCAUAUACAACAACACCUACGUUCGCAACACCUCAGAGCCUUAUGCAGCCACAAACACCACAAAAUAUGAUGUCCCCAUUAGUACAAAAUACUAAUCAUAUAGCACCACCAUCAAUAGGACCAUCUACGCCUGGCCCAAUGACGCCUAUGACACCAGCUUCAGCAGAUCCAGGAAUAUUACCGCAGCUUCAGAAUAUUGUCUCUACAGUUAAUUUAAAUUGUAAAUUAGAUUUAAAAAAAAUUGCUCUUCAUGCAAGAAAUGCAGAAUAUAAUCCAAAGAGAUUUGCUGCAGUCAUCAUGAGGAUAAGAGAACCCAGAACUACAGCUUUAAUAUUUAGUAGCGGAAAAAUGGUUUGCACUGGAGCAAAAAGUGAAGAAGAUUCUCGGUUGGCUGCAAGAAAGUAUGCCAGAAUUAUACAGAAGCUUGGUUUUCCGGCAAAAUUCCUGGAUUUUAAAAUACAAAAUAUGGUAGGAAGUUGCGAUGUAAAAUUUCCAAUUAGACUGGAGGGUUUGGUACUCACCCAUGGACAGUUCUCCUCAUAUGAACCAGAAUUGUUCCCUGGAUUGAUAUAUAGAAUGGUUAAACCUAGAAUUGUUCUACUUAUAUUUGUAUCAGGAAAAGUGGUUUUAACAGGGGCGAAAGUUCGACAAGAGAUUUAUGAGGCGUUUGACAAUAUCUAUCCAAUUUUAAAAAGUUUCAAAAAACAGUGACCUCAUUUUUUAUAUAUCAGUGUUCUGCUUUACAAAGAUAAAAUCUAGGGCAACAUGAAUGCUGACCACUUUGAAAAAAAUGUGUCUUCUCGAUAAUGUGGUGCCUUGAUCGAGGGGUAGAAUUUGUUUUUAAUUUAUAUGUAUUUAUAUAAAAUAAGCGUUACUUAGUUUCAAAUACUUCUAUCAAAUUUGAUGCGUAAAGCGCAAUGACGUUCCUGUGAAUGUAUAGAAAUAGUUAGAGUAAUGAAUAUUUUAUUAUAUGCAAGUCAUAGGAAAAAUGGAAGAAGUUAGAUUUAGAAUGAACUUAACCAUUCUUAAGAUUGUUUACGCAUGUACUAUUUGCAUUCUUGACACAUUAGUAAUUUUGUAAAAAAAAACGGCAUUUUGAUAUAUUGUAACAUGAAAUAAUCACUAUAGAAACAGUGAAAACCAUAUAAAUAUAAAAAUUAUACAAAUUUUGUAUUAUAAAAA